GAGAUUCGGCACGAAUGUGUGCACGCUUCGCAUUUGCUACAUGCACAUGCGGAACGAAGCUCAACAGAAAUCGCCGAGCCUGCAUCGUAAUCAUCCCAGAGGUCACUGUGGCGGCAUAAGUUCCGAGUGAACGGCUGAGAUUUGACUUCUUCGGAUUAACCCCAUCCCCUUCGUUAAAUGGAGGCAGAAAAGCAGUGUCGAGAUGGUGAACCCUGCAAAGGCGUUAUCAAGAAGCUCUUUCCGUCGAAACGAUAUGGAUUUGCCGUAUGCGAAUGCGAUAAACACACUGGAGAAGCACAUUUCAAUUACUCGGAUCUCGACAUAUUGGAAGCAGAGAGGGCGUGCUUGGUUGUUGGAUGGCGGAUAGAGUUCCACGUCAUCGAGCAGCACAAGAAAACAGAUCACUGCGACUAUCGCGCUAUUCAAGUGAAGCCUGUCGACGUGAUGGUGGUUCAGUGUGAGGUCACCGAAGUGUGGGAGAAUGAAAUAGCGCUCCUAACCUGUCGGGAAUUGACGGGGAAGAUCAUCUACGUUACUAGAAAUAAAUAUAAUGGGAAAUUCGAGGUUGAAGCCGUGACCAGACGGGAUACAUGCCGAGCCGCCGUGACCUGGGAGCAGAUGAAACAGAAAAAGACGUUCGCUCUCCAUUGUAGUCAAGACACUGUCUCCCCGACCACUGGCUCGCCGUUCAGACACAAAUUUAAAACACCUGAAAAACGGUCGCGCCGAAACGACACUCCUAGUUUCUCCGACACAUUGCAUACGACCGGAGCGACGACCGCAUCGUCGGGCUUCGGAGACGAACUAUUUGGCGAACAAUCAGGUGCCGAGAAUUGUCUGGCAAGCGUCGAUGAACAACAGCCCAGGACUUUCGGAGCUCCCGCGCUGCGGGUAUUGCGAACCUCAACGCCAAAGAUCGAGAGAGCGGCGCAAGCUUUCGAGGGAAGCCGGUUUUCGACGUCCGCCAGGGCUUCACCGCAGUCAGCGCAAGCCCACAACAUCAGCCGAGCCAACAGCACCGGGAGCAUUUGCGGAUCAGGAUCUUCCAGCCAGCCUUUCAGUACGAAGUUCCACAACAGCAAUUGCCUGUUGAGCACAGAGGGUCAAGGUUGUAACAAUGGUUGCCAUCAUGGAACUGACGCGGGUAGCGGUAAUUCAUUGCUUCGACCCGGCGAGUUUUCGAUGAGAGAGGGACGUUCUAUCGGCUUGCGUCGGAACUUGAAUCGGGAAUUCGACAGAUGUCGCGACGAUGCUUCUGAGGUGCGAAGAACUCACGUGUCCCCAUCGAAGAACCAGGUUUUCAUGGAUUCUUCGGCGAUGAUGUCGAUGCUCAGCUUGGGUGAACAGAAUAAUGUCGGAAUAGUGCCCGGAACGACGCCCCCAAAAGACCAGGGGGGUUACUUCCAGGAGUCUGUUUUCGGUCUCUACGACCCGAACCGCACGAACGGUGAGAUGGAAAUGUAUCGUAAUUCAACUGCCAAUCAAUCUGCAAGCAGACCAUCUUGGGAAUCUUCGCGAGAAAGUUUCUUCCCCUCGAGUUUCGAUCAGUCACAAGGCAACACCGAGGCCUGCCGAGCCCGGUGUCAGGAAAACGAGAGCGGUAAAUUCUUCAGGUCUCCCUCCAAUCUCGCCUUCUUCGGUGAGCCGAGCUUGGCUCCGGCGACGGAUUUUGUCGACAUGAAUAUUUCUCGAUAAUAUCAUGCUUGAGGGAUAUUCCUGUUGUCUCCCGAUCAGCAUCCUAAAUAACAUGCAACUGUUCAUAAUCUAUGUGCUGAAUCCAUACAACAGGAAUCCCGUUCAUCGAUAUGCGAGUGACCUGCACUGUGAGCCAUAGAUCCAUAGUUGACGACAGUUUUAAAGGAGAUAAUAUAUAUAUACGCUCACAUGCUCAAGAUUAUUCCCAGUCGCUCACUUACGCCCCCCCCCCUGAAAAUCGUGACGCAGCCACCAGAGGGUGGACCCCCGAUGUUCAUAGUUUGCGGCAGUUAGAUAGAAGAUAAGCAGAUCCAUGUACAAAUAAGAGAGAAGCUGGACCGCUUCAUUUACCCCGUCAAAUGAAGUUCGACUCCAAGGAACAAAGAAAGAACUGAUCGAGUUUCGAUUCGAAUAUUAGUCGGAGGACACCUGAUGAACCGACAAAGAGAUAUUCGCUAAUCGCCAAACUGAGUUAUUGACUUCGCUCGACUAUGCUACAGUGUACGCGAUCGUAUCGGCCGUCACGGUUCAUGGGCAGAAGCGAAAUUAUUGAAUUCCAUUAUGCUGACUAUUUCCUAAUAUAAACUUUGACGCUAAGCCUU